UGACGGACGGUGACCCGCGGCGUGUCGGUAGGCCCUGCCCGGCGCAAUCCCGCGCCAGCUCGGACUCCUGCUUCGGCUCCAUCUUGGGUCGCGGCGCCGGGCACCUGUGGCGGCCGCAGGAGCAGCGCUUCCUCCCGCCUGCGCGGCCCCGGGCGGGCAGGAGCAUAAGAGGUCAGCUUGGCAGCCAUGAGCACCCGCCACCCUGAGCCAGCUGCGCAGGCACCCCGGAGCCCCGGCCCGCAGCCCCUGUCCCGGAGCUCGUCCAGCCUGCUGAGAGAAGGCGGGGGGCCCAGGCCCGAGCUCCGCAAGAGCGCCAGCAGCACCGUGUGGCAGCCCCAGCCGGCCGAGGACAACACCGGUCCCAAGGCACUGGCGGUAGCCGGACCCCAGGCUGAGGGCAGGGAGCAGGCGCUGACCUCCAGCCCUCGGGCCGGCCGCUGGCGGAGCAGCACCGUGGGCAAUGUGUCGAGUGUGAGUGGGGGCGGCCUGUGUCACCUGCGGACCCCUAGCACUGUGGCUGUACAGAGGAGCCACUCAGACCUCACCCGGGUCAUCCAGACCCGGGGCCCCAGCGGGGCUCACAAGGCCAGUCUCAGCUGCUCGGCCCUGGGCAGCUCGCCGGUCCACAGGGCUCGGCUGCAGCCUGGCACCACUUCCGGCCCAGGAAGCCAGGCUUCUGUGGACCCUGACCGGGACCUGGGUCCCAAGGAUGGGACUUCAGACUCAGCCUGGACCCCGGGAGAGAGUCAGGUGUGCGUGCCACAGCUCGCCCACGGGGACGCAGACACCCAGAGCAGCAGCCCCCGGGCAGGGCCAGAAGCCCCUGGACAGCUGGCCGCCACCACCAGCCAGGCCUUACCCCCAGCAGCGCGGCAUUGUGGCAUGAGGGAGGCGGGGGCUGGGGGCUGCUGCCAUGUGCUGCCCACCCCGGGCAUCCUGGCCUUUCCCAAGCUGGUGGCAUCCGUGAGUGAAUCUGGUUUACAGGCUCAGCAUGGGGCAAAGUUGCAGUACCUGUUGCCAGGGGUGCUCCCUGGACACACCCACUACUGUGCCCACCCUUGGGGUCCCCCUGGCUUUACCACGGAAUCGGGCACCAGGACCAAGGAUGUAUGUACCAUGACCUCAGCCAGUGACCUGGCGCCCACGCCGGCGGCCCUGCCCUCAGCCCAGGACGCUGGUGUGCAGGUGGCCCCGACGGCCGCCUGCAAGGCCGUGGCCACCAGCCCGCCCCCCGAGGCCCCCGUGGCCUUGCACGCCUUCCCGGAGGUGAUCCUGGGGUCCGGCCUGGAGGAAACGUCCUCACCCGUGCGCGAUGUGCGGUGGGAUGCAGAAGGCAUGACGUGGGAGGUGUACGGAGCCGCGGUGGACCCUGAAGUGCUCGGCGUGGCCAUCCAGAAGCACCUGGAGAUGCAGUUCGAGCAGCUGCAGCGGGUGCCCACCAGCGAGGACGGGCUGUCCGCCGAGGGCCGCCGGGGGCCCCUGCGCGCCGUCAUGCAGUCCCUGCGGCGCCCCAGCUGCUGCGGCUGCUCGGGCGCAGCCCCCGAGUGAGAAGCUGCAGCCUCUGGACGUGGCCUGAACC